AAGACUUCUCAGGGCGCAGCCAGCUUGUGGCACAAUCCUGUUGCCUGCCUGCCCCGGGCUGGGCAGAUAAAUUCCCAGUGACUGACAGAUGCUAAUGAUCACGCACAGCUGUUCCAGUUUGUCCCGGUAAUCCCAGGGCAGGGUCACUUCCAGGAUAAACAGAACCUUGUGUCCCAGUCCGUCUCCCCAAUGUUAACUUCUUGAGUACUCACCAGACGCAGCCGGGCAGGUCCUGCGCAGAUGGGGUUAAUGGGGAUGAUGGUACGUUGACAGAGGCGCUGGAGAAGGGCCACCGUUUCUGGGGACAUGAGAACGGGGUUGUUGUAAGAAGGAUGCAGGCAGAGCCCGGAGGUCCCGACAGCCCGCGGGCCGCACCGGACUCCUGUUUGUUUAAAGUCUCCAGUGGGAAGAAUGAAAAGUAUCCGAUGAAUAAGAUCCAACUGUGACAGGUGCUGCUGGUGGCAAUAACGUAACACGCGUGUAAGGGAUACGGCCCCCACCCACCGCAUUGUGUGUACCUGCUAUAUGAGAGCAAAACCAGCCCAGGACACUCAUUGCAACCCGGACAUCAGCACCCGCCGGCCCGUGUCUGAACGCCCGACGACCUGGAGCCAUACACACAGCUCUUCCUGCCUGUCGGUGUCACCGAGUCACGUCGCUUGAGCUGCCGCCUCUCAAAUGGCCGGAAUAUGGAUUGGGCAGGAUAGGUACCCAGGAGGAACUGAAGUGGCCGGUUCCAGCUCGAAGACAUCAGAGAGCCCAGCCAACAUAAAGACGUUGGAGAGCCCAACUAACGAGAAGACGUCAGAGAGCUCAGCUAACGAGAAGAUGUCUGAGAGCCUAGCUAAGGAGAAGACGUCGGAGAGCCCAGCUAACGAGGCAACGUCGGAGAGCCCAGCUAACGAGACGACGUUGGAGAGCCUAGCUAAGGAGAAGACGUCGGAGAGCCCAGCAAACGAGGCAACGUCGGAGAGCCCAGCUAAGGAGAAGACGUUGGAGAGCCCAGCUAAGGAGAAGACAUUGAAGAGCCCAGCUAAGGAGAAGACUUUAGAAAGCCUAGCUAACAAGAGGACGUUGGAGAGCCCAGCCAACAAGAAAGGAAUCACUGUAAAUCCACCAAAGAAGGAGCAGAACAAAGACUCCAAAAUGGAGCAAUUGGCCCCGGGGGCCCCUCCUGAGUCUGUUGUGGACCCCAAAGCAAAAAAGGAGCCAGGAAGCGAUGGGAAGAAGUUGGGAGAAGUGAACGACCAAUUAAACGUGGCGUCUGGUGCUGGAGGAUCACGGUCUCAGAGCCAAAUAGAAGGGGGAUUGGGAAAGCCCACACCCCUUCCACGGCUGAAAACCAAGCUCAAGCUGUCCACAGACAAAGUAUCUCAGGGACAAGGGGCUGAAGAAGCCACAAGCAGCCCAACAGUCCCCGAGAGCCCGUGGGGCAUCUACCCAUUAACCCCAGGAGCCAUGGAUCUGCAGAGUCCUGUUAUCAUAAUAGGAGAUGAGGUGUUCCAGGUCAUAGAUGACUGCCCCCCACCUCCUGCUCCAUUCCCACAUCGGAUUGUGACCCUCCGACAGGACGAUGUGGCCACUCUGUAUGACUUGAACAUGAAUGAAAUCAUUGGAGGGGGCCGAUAUGGAGAAGUCCACCUCUGCAAAGAGAAAUCCAGUGACCUCCAGCUUGUGGCCAAAGUCCUGAAGUUACAAAGCAGCCGAGAACGAGAGAUGGCUCUGAAUGAGAUCGGUGUUAUGAAUCAGCUGGAUCAUCGGAACCUCAUCCAAAUGUUUGACGCCGUGGAGACGCCUACCGAGAUCUUCCUGUUUCUGGAAUACGUGGAGGGCGGCGAGCUGUUUGAGAGGAUUAUUGAUGAAAAUUACCAGCUGACGGAGCUGGACGCCAUGGUGUACGUGCGCCAGAUCUGCGAGGGCAUCUUCUACAUGCACCAGAUGUACGUCCUGCACUUGGACCUCAAGCCCGAUAACAUUGUGUGCGUCUCACCAAUCAGCCACAUGGUGAAAAUCAUAGAUUUUGGCCUGGCUAGAAGAUAUAAGCCGCAGAAGAAGCUGAAAGUUUCCUUCGGAACGGCAGAAUUUCUGGCCCCCGAAGUUGUGAAUUUCGAUUUUGUGUCUUUCCCGACGGACAUGUGGAGUGUCGGUGUCAUCACAUACAUGAUGGUCAGCGGUCUCUCCCCUUUCCUUGGGGACAAUGAAACAGAAACACUGAAUAAUGUGCUCAGUGGUAAUAUAGACUUUGACGAGGAGCCGUUUGAACUCGUAUCAGACGAAGGCAAAGACUUUAUAUCCAAUCUGAUGAUUCGGGAGAAAAGCGGGCGGAUGAGCGCUGCCCAGUGCCUCAAACACCCUUGGCUCAACGAUCUUGCGCGAAAGGCCAAGCUUUGCCAUCGGCUCCUUAAGUCUCAGAUAGAAUUGCGCAAGUACAUGAUGCGUCGGCGCUGGAAGAAAAAUGUUUUCGCCGUGACGGCAGCAAACAGGUUUUUGAAGAUCAGCAGCUCCAGUUGUCUGACCUCUCUGGGUGAAUGAGACUUCUGGGUGAUCCUGGGGAGGCACCAUGCGCAGCCUGCCAUUAGUGUCUAUGCUAAGGGAAGGAGGACGCACAAAACAGACCCAAUUUCUAACAAUGUCUGAUGUUGCUUCAGGAAGUUUGGGGGAUACAGUCAGUCCUAGAACCUAGAAUGAAUCCUGACGGAACCCCCUCAUUACAUAGUUCACGUGCGUUAAGAAAAAGAGGGGCUCGUCCUCAGAGAGCACGCUGAGCCCCAAAAAGAUUUAACUCACAGUAAGUGUGUUUAAUAAAUUGUGGUGGAAUCCACUUAUUUGCACCAAA